CUGAAUUUUCCCCAGCUUACCGCUUUCGUGCGAAACCCUCUGAAUCGGAAGCGGGGUAAAAGCUCCUUCCUUUCUCCGAUCAUGGCCACUCCGAAGCCCCAGCGAUCGCCCCAGGAGAUCGAGGACGUCAUCCUGCGCAAGAUUUUCCUCGUCACUCUGUCCGGCUCCCCCGAGGCCGACCCUCGGAUCGUGUACCUGGAGCUCACCGCCGCGGAGGUCCUCAGCGAGGGCAGGGAGCUGAGGCUCGCCCGCGAUUUGAUGGAGCGGGUCCUCAUCGAUCGCCUCUCGGGCGGCUUCCCCAACGCGGAGCCCCCCUUCCAGUACCUGAUCGGGUGCUACGGUCGCGCGUGCGACGAGGGCAAGAAGAUCGGCUCGAUGAAGGACAAGAAUGUGAAGUCGGAGAUGGAGGAUGUGGUGAAGCAGGCUAAGAAGCUGGCGGUGUCGUACUGUAGGAUCCACUUAGGGAAUCCUGAGAUGUUCGGCGGUGCGAAUUCGGACGCCGGCGCGAGCAAAUCGAAUGUCUCGCCGCUGCUGCCUUAUGUUUUCGGGAAGGUGGCGAGUACGGUGGAGGGCUUUGGCAGCACCAGUGAAGGCGUCAAGCCGCCUCCCGGGUUUAUUGAGGAGUUCUUCGAGGACUCCGAUUUCGAUAGCUUGGACCCUAUACUGAAGCAGCUGUAUGAGGAUUUGAGGGGCAGCGUGCUCAAGGUGUCUGCCCUUGGGAAUUUUCAGCAGCCGUUGAGGGCAUUGAUGCUUUUGGUGAGCUUCCCGAUGGGCGCGAAGUCGCUGGUUAAUCACCCUUGGUGGAUACCGAAGGGAGCUUACCUGAACGGGCGUGUCAUUGAGAUGACUAGCAUUUUGGGCCCAUUUUUUCACGUCAGUGCGUUGCCCGAUCCUACGUUAUUCAAGAGCCAGCCUGAUGUGGGCCAGCAGUGCUUUUCAGAGGCAUCAACAAGACGGCCAUCCGAUUUACUAUCUUCCUUCACCACAAUCAAGACUGUCAUGAACAACUUAUACACUGGUCUGAAGGAAGUUCUUCUCUGUCUCCUUAGAAAGGCUGAAACUCGGGAUAGUGUCCUGGAGUAUCUUGCAGAGGUUAUCAACAAAAAUGCCUCAAGGGCUCAUAUACAGGUUGAUCCGAUGUCCUGUGCAAGUUCAGGCAUGUUUGUAAAUCUCAGUGCUGUUAUGCUUCAACUUUGUGAACCAUUUAUAGAUAGGGAUUUGUCAAAGAAGGAUAAAAUUGAUCCGAAAUAUGUAUUCUAUAGCAACCGUUUGGAUUGGAGACCCUUGACUGCCCUGCAUGCAUCCUCAGAAGAAGUUGCUGAAUGGAUUAAUAAAGGUGAUACCGAGAAGAGUAUUAAGUCAGGUGAACAUAAUGAGGGUCAAAAUCGGUUGUUACAAUCUCAAGAGGCCACCAGCUCUGGCAGUGGACAAUCAAGUGGUACUGAAAGGGAGAAGUAUCCAUUUAUAUGCGAAUGUUUCUUUAUGACUGCGAGGGUGCUUAAUCUAGGCCUACUAAAAGCAUUUUCUGACUUCAAGCAUCUUGUUCAGGACAUUUCAAGAUACGAAGAUACUUUAUCCACACUAAAAGACAUGCAAGGCCAAGCGCCUUCUCCACAAGUGGAUAAUGAGAUUGCUCGCCUUGAAAAGGAAAUAGAGCUAUAUUCCCAGGAGAAACUUUGUUAUGAAGCUCAGAUACUGAGGGACAAAGACCUCAUUCAGUGGGCACUCUCUUUUUACCGAUUAAUGGUGGUUUGGUUAGUUGAUAUGGUUGGUGGGUUCAAGAUGCCACUGCCAUCAGACUGCACAAAGGAAUUUGCAUGCAUGCCUGAGCAUUUUAUUGAAGAUACAAUGGAGUUGCUAAUUUUUGCUUCGAGGAUUCCAAAAGCUUUGGAUGGAGUCCUGCUGGAUGAUUUUAUGAACUUUAUAAUCAUGUUCAUGGCAAGUCCACAAUUCAUUAGAAAUCCAUAUCUCAGAGCAAAGAUGGUCGAAGUUUUAAAUUGCUGGAUGCCUCGCAGGUGUGGCUCAUCCAUUACGGCAUCUCUUUUCGAAGGGCACCAACUUUCCCUGCAAUAUCUCGUGAGGAAUCUUCUAAAGCUUUAUGUGGAUAUAGAGUUCACAGGUUCUCAUACGCAGUUUUAUGACAAGUUUAACAUACGACAUAAUAUUGCGGAGCUUCUAGAGUACCUGUGGCAGGUGCCCAGUCAUCGUAACAUCUGGAGACAGAUUGCCAAAGAAGAGGAAAAGGGUGUCUACCUUAAUUUCUUGAACUUCCUGAUUAAUGAUAGCAUCUAUCUGCUCGAUGAAAGUCUCAACAAAAUUCUUGAACUUAAAACGCUAGAAGCUGAGAUGUCGAACACUGCAGAAUGGGAGAGUAGACCAGCUCAAGAGAGGCAGGAAAGAACACGCCUAUUCCACUCCCAAGAGAAUAUAAUUCGUAUUGAUAUGAAAUUGGCAAAUGAAGAUGUGAGCCUGCUGGCAUUUACUUCGGAACAAAUUACAGCUCCUUUCUUGCUUCCUGAGAUGGUUGAAAGAGUAGCCAGCAUGCUCAAUUACUUCUUAUUGCAACUUGUGGGUCCACAAAGAAAAUCUCUUAGUCUGAAAGAUCCUGAAAAGUACGAGUUUCGUCCAAAAGAUUUGCUUAAACAGAUUGUCCAAAUCUAUGUUCAUCUGGCACGCGGUGAUUCAGAAAAUAUCUUCCCUGCUGCCAUCUCUAAGGAUGGUCGAUCAUACAAUGAGCAGUUGUUUGGUGCUGCAGCUGAUGUUCUUCGUAGGAUCGGUGAAGAUGGGAGGGUUGUAAGGGAGUUUCUUGAUCUUGGUGCAAAAGCUAAAGUUGCAGCGACUGAGGCCAUGGACACUGAAGAGGCUCUUGGGGAGAUACCUGAAGAAUUUCUUGACCCAAUUCAAUACACGUUGAUGAAGGAUCCAGUGAUUUUACCUUCUUCAAGGAUCACAGUGGACCGACCGGUGAUUCAGAGGCAUCUUCUCAGCGACACCACUGACCCGUUCAACCGCUCCCAACUUACCGUGGACAUGCUGAUUCCCAACGUCGAGCUGAAGGCGAGAAUUGAAGAGUUUGUCAGGUCCCAAGAAUCAAAGAAGCGUGGGGAGGGGCUGAGCUUCCCUUCUCCCAAGGGAUUGAUACAAACCACGAACGAGGAGAUGCUCAUCGAUUAGGACUGUCGUCGUACUUGAUUUUCUCUGUCAGGUCUAAUUAUAAUCGUUAGGGGGAUAAUUACAUGGUGUAUUUAUAAUGAUACGCCUGCAGUUACAUGCAGAGAUGUUUAUCCACAAUUGUUUUUGUUACUUCUGAAAGACCCGGCUCUGUCUGGCUUCUGUUACUUUCAUACGAAAUUCCACAUGGAAGGAACGGAAAUUGGCAGUUCUUUGUUCAUUGAAA